AUGAACAGCAACAAAUUUACCGCUCCGAUCGUUCCGAACGCGCGGUUGCGGUCGUCCGCGAAGCCGUCCGCGACAAAGCGUGAUUCUCUCGUCGCCGAGCUCGAGCGAGAUCCCCAGCUGUCCACGGCCAAGCGGCAGCAGCGCACGCAGGCGUUCACUUCGACUAUGGCCCACGCGUCCCUCGAGCGCCAGCUGGUGGCGGCGCAGACAACGAAGAUGGAGCUCGAGUCGAAGCUCCGCGAGAAGGACAUGGCGAUCGAGAGGCUUGAGGAGGACAGGCGAUGGCUCGCGGAGCGGGAGAAGGAAGAGAGGGAGGAGAAGGAGAAGGAGCAGGCCGGGCGGGAGGAGGAAAAGAGAAAAGCAGAGCAUGAGCUGCGCGCGCUGCGCUCUGCCCACGCCACUCUCCGCGAAGAACACGCCAACCUCGAAGAGGCGCACGAGGCCAUGUCUCGCAACACCGCGCAAACCAUCGCGUCUCAGAAGUCACAAAUCGCCGCGCUCACGCGACAGGUGUCUUUCCUCGAUGCGGAGCUCGCCUCCAUGAAGCGUCUCGCAGACGAGCGCAGCGCCACUAUCGAGGAGAUCCAGAUGCAGAUGGAAGACCUCAGCUCGGCGCAGCUGGACGUCUCGCGACACGAUAUCGAGCAAGAGGACUGGGGCGUGUUGCGCGAGGAGCUGCAGCGGCAAGCUUCGUACCUGCGCACGCUGGAGGGCACCAAUGCGAAGCUCAACUCGGAGCUCAUCAUCCUGCGAGAGCGGCAGGACAACGUGGAGGUUAUCCGUGAGGAGAAGAGGAGCUUGGAGGGCAAGCUUCGCGUUACGGAACAGCUGCGCGAGCAGGUCACGAAGCUGGAGGCCGAAGUCCAAGCCGCCCGACACGAGCGAGAAGAGUGGGCCAAGAGAGCUACGCAGCUCGACACGCCAUCCAAGACGCCCGUUUCCAUCUCACAGAGCCUAUCUGCCCUUCGUCUCGCCCACGCAAAGCUGCUCGAGGAGCACGGUGCGAACGUAGCUCUGCUGCGCCGCCGCGAGGCCGACUUGACCGACGCUCAAGACCGCGAUGUCGAGAAAGAGGAGGCACUCGAGGAUCUACAGCGGGAGAAGCGUGUCCUGCUCGAUAAAAUCGCGCACCUGGAGCGCGAUGCCGCAUUGGCAGAAAGAGAAGUCGGCUUCCUGCAGGCCCUAAAUGCAAGUUAUUCCGCAGAACAGAGCGCCCAAGGUGCGGACAGCAUCGACAAGGCGAAGGACGAGCAGAUUCGGCAACUCGAAAGCCUACUGCAGGACUACAAAUCGAGAACACAGGAAUUGGAGGGAGAACUCGACGAACUCAGCCACCGUCCACUGCCUGCGACGGAAAAGCAGGGCCCGCGUCUACAGGAGCUCAAGGAAGCUCUCGAGAAAGAUAGACAAGCGCUGAAGGAGGUACAGAAAGCGCUCGAUGAAAGCGAAGUUGCUAGCGAGCAGCAACUAGAGCAGAUCGAGGAGCUGGAGCAGACGCUCUUCGAGCUGCGCGGCGAGAUCGGCGCAGGGAGGCACGUGCCGCCCGGCGUCCGUAUCCUAUCGCUGAAGGACAACCCAGCCCAACAGUGGUCAGACCUGAGACAGGAGGUGAUGGACCGGUUGAAGGGCGAGAACGAGGCGCUCAUAAACAGGCUGAAGGAGCUGGAAGACAGCGGUGCAGGCCAAGCGGCUGCCGCGAAGCGGGGAGACGGGCCAGGGGAGGAUCUGGUGCCGCGGCGAAGCUGGGAGGUUGUAAAUCAAGAGAAACACGAACUGGAAGAGGUCGUGAAGCAGAAAGAGAAACGUCUGUUACGGUUGCAGCAGGUCUUUACAGCGAAAAGCACAGAGUUCCGCGAAGCCAUUGCCGCUAUUAUGGGUGUCAAGCUCGCCUUCUACCCCAAUGGCCAAGUACGCGUCACGUCGCAGUACGACCUAAACGCGUCGUUCGUGUUCCAGCCCACAUCGCGGUCUGAAGGCGCGAAGAUGCAGCUGAUCGCGCAGGGAGAAGGCGGUCCGCAGGAGCUGCCGCAGUUGAUGCGGAAUUGGGUCGAGGAGGAGCAGUGCAUCCCGUGCUUUUUGGCGAGCGUUACGCUCGAGUGUUAUGACACUUGGAAGAGGGAACAAGCGUUGGGUCUCUCAUGAUUUUCGACGAUACUUCAAACGCUCAGAUUCUUCCCAUGUAUCCGCAUUAUGGUAGUUUGCACUGCCCACACCACAUUAGAUUUGUGUCACCGUUCUUACGACAAUCACGAUCCCGGGAAUAAACUGAAGGUAGUC